AUGAAUCAAAUAAUUGAGGUUGGAGUUCGUGUUAGACCUUGUUUCAAAACAGAAGUUGCGGAAAGAUGUUGUUCUGUUGAUGAAGAAAAAGAGUCAGUAACAAUGAACUCUCCAAAUGAAGAAUGUUUUUUUGAUUUUGUUAAAAAUGAAACUUCUCCUCAAAAAGAUAUGUUUCAACGUGUUGGAAAUUCAUUAGUCUCUUGUUGUCUAAAUGGAAAUAAUGCGACAUUAUUUGCUUAUGGACAAACAGGAAGUGGUAAAACAUACACUGUAUUCGGUAAUUAUGUUGCAAAAGAAAGAAAAAUUACACAACCUGGUUUAGUCCCUCGGUGUUUAGAGUUAUUGUUCCAAAAGAAAGCAAAAACAGCAUCAGUCAGUUUAUCAAUGUUUGAAAUAUAUAAUGAUUCUUUCUACGACCUCAUGAAUGAAGGAAAAAAAUGUGAAGUUAAAGCUGAUAUAAGUGGAGCUGUUAUUUUUAGUGGACUACUAGAAAUUAGUGUCCGACAAUGGGAAGAAGCAUUAACUCAUACAAUUAAUGGGUAUGCAUUCAGAAAAACUAGUUCAACAAAAAUGAAUUCACAAUCUUCUCGGUCUCAUUGUAUUACAAUAAUUAGGGUUGGAAAAGGAACGUUGGUUUUUGUUGACCUAGCUGGUUCAGAGCGUAUUGAACGAUCAGGUGUAAUUGGGACUGGGAAAUUAGAAGCAGGAAAUAUCAAUAAAACUUUAACUGCAUUAGGAAGGGUAAUUAGAAGUCUAGUUGCAAAAGAACAACACAUUCCAUUCAGAGAUUGUAAAUUAACAAGUAUCUUAAAAAAUUCAAUGCUUCAGAGUGAAAGGAUCUGUUUUAUUGCAACAAUUUCUAGUAGUAUUUCUAAUGCAGUAGAGACAUGGGGAACUUUAAAUUUUGCAAGAAACACUAAGAAUAUUAAAAUGAAAAUUCGUCCAAUAGAAUUAGAAUUAUCUGUUGAUCAAUUGAAAAUAGAAAAUGAAAAAUUAAAGUUAGAGAAUGAAGCAUUGAAAACAGAAAGAGACAACCUUAAACGAAAGAUUCUUCCAGAUUCAGAGAAUUUUGAAUAUAAACGAAUGCAGGCUGAUGUUAAAGCUUACAAAGAGUUAAUUCGAAAUAACCCAUCUGUAGCUGCUCUUCAAGGAGAGAAAACAGUAUUAGAAGAAAGGCUACGGGAGGCAAAAGAAAGAAUUGAUGAAUUAGUAAGAAGUAAUGAAAAUUUAAUGCGUUUAAAAGAACAACUAGAAUUAAUAAACCAAAAUUAUUUAGAACAAUUAAAUGAAAAAGAAGCAGAAGUAGUUGAUUUAGAAGAAGUUGCUAGAAGUGUUCAACAUCGUUUAAGUACUUCUUAUUUUGACUUAAAAAAAUGA